ACUCUAGUAGUGAGCGAGAGUUGUAUGGUUGGGAUUUGGAUACACAAGGGUUACUACAGUCUACAGACCUCUCUCCCGCCACGGAACCAACCAACUAUCCCUCCCUCCCUCACUCCAAUGAGAAUGAACGCGUUCUCUAUCUCCUCCGCUUCCGCUUCCGCUUAUACACAUUCUUCAUCAUCACAUCCACAACAACAACGUACACUGCUACAUAAUCGGAAAACUCAGAUUCUCUGCAACCGCAAACAUAGCUCGAAGAACCUUACACUGUUUAAUUUGAAUUCGAGAACAAGGAAAACUUUCAUAUGUGCAGCCAAUCAAGAAGCGGAAGAAGCUUUUAAAAACACGGUUGAAAUUGAUAGGCUCAUCGAUACGCUUAGGGAAGCUAAUCCUCGUGAACUUCAGAAAAUCGUUGUUGAAAACAUCCUCGCUUUCAAUCCGAGCUUCUGGAUACGACUUGCUGCAAGAUCUGAUACUUGCAAGUCUGAGGAUGAUAAAAAAGAUUAUGAAGAAUUGGCUGCAACGGUUAUGAAUGUGGUGGAUCUUGUGGUUCAUAAGACUAAUGAAAGGAUAGAGUCUGCAACUGAUGUCCUGAAGGGAGUUCUAAAACAUGUGAUUAAUGAUGAAGGAGAGAUUUCUUGGCCUCCCCAAGAUCCUCAAGCACUCAAGUUGAUGGAAAUGGAAAUAAAACAAAGGGAGCAAGAAGGACAACUGGAUGAAGGGUUCCUUGCCGAAGUUAAUGCACAACUCAGACAAGCAAAGGAAGAUGGUGAUAAGCCUGGGCUUGAGGCUAUGUUGCAAAAGGUUUUGCAACUGUAUGCUUCCAACUUUCUCUCAAAACGUAGUUAUGCCAUGAAAGGGAAAGAAGUUCUGAAGGACGAGCAAUUCCUCGAAACCAUAAUCAAAGCUCCUGAACAAGAAUGGAACAGUAUUUUGAUCAAGGGAUUGACAAUUGGUGCUGGGGAUAUUUCACCAGAGGAACUCUAUUCUGUCUUGAAGAAACGAAUGGAGCGCACUUUAAUUAGAACUGAGGGAGGUUCUUACCAACAGCGGACUCUGACAGAGUACCUAAAAGGCAUCGAAACUAGAGCACAUGAGAUUGUUCAAGUGCUUCAGGGCCAGGGGAAACAACAAUAGCAUUUCAUCAUAACUGAAGAUGUGUUGGCAGCUGGAAUGUCAUAAGCCAUUGUAAUUUCUACAUGAUGCUAGUUGUGAUUUAUGAUUUUCGCAGCAGAUCAAGCGAAUACAUAUAGUGGUGAGCUGGAGAAUUCUGGAUAAUCAUAUAUACGAGCAAGUAGCUAUGUACAGAUGUGGAUCAGUGGAUUGGCUUUCAUGCAUCUGGCUACUUUCAGCUAGUUUUGCACUGCAGAUUAUACAUAGGCAAGGAAUUUGUCCUGAAGCCAAAGUUUGGGGGAAAAUGUUGUAGAUUCAUCCUAGAAUCUGGCGAUAAAUUAUUCUUCUACAUUUUGUCAAAAAAAAAAGAUUUUUUUUUUCUACAUAUGUCUCUACUAGCAUAUGGAAUUGUGAAAAUAGGAAGAAUUUUGUUUUGAAUGUG